AUGGACGACAGUAUGGGCGAUGCUUUAUGUGAGGAGGUAGAGCAAACGUCAGCGCGUGGUAGAGCGUAUUCCAGCACUGGACUGCUGUCCAGAUUACCUUUCAUGAGGAUAUCUGCGGACCAUAAGACGUGUCUAGACCAGGACGACGACGACACAUUGCCUCCAGUGGCCGCCACCCUCUCCUCACUCCCUACAGUGUCGCAGCAGCAAAAGACCCGACGUCGACGAGGGUCCCUUAGAAAGGUAGCACUGCUAGGGCGCGGCGCACAGCGGGAGAAGCGGGACUCCAAACCAUUGACCAUCGACACCUCACAUAUCACUACGUUCGAAGCGGAAUCGGUUGGGACGUCGUUGGAUGCUACAACACUCUUGGAACGGGACGCCCUAGGUCUCAAGGCAUCUGAUCUCGCACAUCGCACGGUAUCGGCCGAUAUACCGCCACCGAGGUCGACGACCAACCAGUCCACGAUGGACGUCAUGGCCAGUAGAGCAAACGAAGAGCAACUCAGCCCAGGACGAAACUCUUAUAACUCGACGACUGACGAGGAGGAGCUACUGCAGAUUCCCCAUGACCAAAGCGCCAUACAUUCUACGUUAUCUGUGUCAUCUGGGUCGGACUCGUAUUACGCCAACCGGACAACAACUCCCCGCCGGAGAUCAUUUCAACAGACAAAAUCGCCUCUAUCCUAUAGUGGUAUGUCCACAACAGCGCUCCCUCCUCCUGACUCUGACUGGGACUACUCUGAGACUGAAUGGUGGGGAUGGGUUGUUCUUACUGUGACUUGGUUCGUCUUCGUCAUUGGCAUGGGAUCUUGUCUAGAUGUCUGGAAGUGGGCGUGGGACGUGGGCAAGACGCCUUAUGCGCCGCCAGAAUUCGAAGAUGACGAGACUCUACCUAUAGUCGGCUAUUAUCCAGCACUCAUUAUCUUAACAGGCGUCAUGGCUUGGGUUUGGGUUGUGGUGGCUUGGGUGGGUAUGAAAUACUUCCGACAUGCCAAAAUCAGCGGCGACUGA